GUAUGAUCAAACAGAAUCGUGGUAGCAGGUUUUUGCUAAAGUUAGCAUAAUUUUGAAAUGCAAAUCUGGCCACCUUGGUCACGUGACAGGAAACUUUUUUUUCAUCACCAGAACCAUGCUGCGCAGCGCCGCGCCGCAGCCGGGCCACGGGCAACGGCCACCUGGCCGGCGGCGCGGUACCAACAUACAGUACAGCUCAGCUCAUCACGCGCGGCCGGUGCUGGCAUAUCGUAUUCUGAACAUCGAAGUACACCUCUAAUCAAGACCGUGUACUUGACUUGUUGCAGUCUUGGCGAAGCAAUUCGCAUAAAGUUUUACGAGAAAAAAAAGGAGCAGCCUUCAAGACGACACGGAGAAGUUUAAAAGUAGGCCCAUGGAGCAUCAGGAAAAACUUGACAGGCUCUGGGAUGAGGGCAUGACAAACUAUGGGACAGCCGAGGCUAAAAGAAAGGUUGCAUUGGCCAUCGAAAGAACUGGUUUGACUGCGAAGCAAGUGAAGCGUUGGAUAGACAAUAAACGCAGGACAAACCAUCGAAAGAAUGGCAAGCAGAGGGUCUUACCCCUGCGCAAAAGAAGAUGCAGUGGCUACAACAUCUUCAUGAAGAAGUUUAUAGGCUCAAAAGGUGCCACGGCUCUUAACAGGGCACAGAUGAUGCAGCAAGGUGUGCAGGAGUGGCGGGGGUUGGAUGAGGAAAAUCGAAUGCUCUACAACAAAGAGGCUGACAAUCAGAAUCAGUUACCCCAGCAAACCACAACCCUUGGAGAAUCAGGGUUUCGAAGCUUUGCCAACAAUCUUGGCCAUGAAGUUUCUAACAUGUGUGCAAGAGUUGAUGGCUUGGACUGGGUACUGGUGUGCACUAGUGCAUCUUUAGGGAUCUCUACAGUGCAUGGCAGUGAUGUUGGUGUCGAUCUUGCCACUUCCACAAAUUUUGCGUCCAAAUUUUGUGCUUCCAGUGGAUUUAGUGGAGUUAACAAGUCCAGCACCGUUACUGAAGACAUAUCACAGCUCAGGGUUAAAGUGCAGCAGCUCUUCAAUCAGAAAUACAGGGAUGCAACAUUGGGCAAAAAGAGCCAGAUGAGCUACAAACUGCUGGAGGCUGGGCAGAUAGAAUGCACAGGGCUGCCGAUGCCCUUGAAGAGGCCUGGGGCCUAUGGGAGAGAGGCCCUCAAAAAAAUCAUUGAGGCAGAACCAUCUAUCAAAUUCACAGUGUCUGCCCAGCCUCCCUCCACAUUGGAUGAUGGCCCAUCUGGCCAGCUUAAUGCUCAACCAACAAACAGCAUGUCUGCCCAGCCUCCCUCCACAUUGGAUGAUGGCCCAUCUGGCCAGCUUAAUGCUCAACCAACAAACAGCAUGUCUGCCCAGCCUCCCUCCACAUUGGAUGAUGGCCCAUCUGGCCAGCUUAAUGCUCAACCAACAAACAGCAUGUCUGCCCAGCCUCCCUCCACAUUGGAUGAUGGCCCAUCUGGCCAGCUUAAUGCUCAACCAACAAACAGCAUGUCUGCCCAGCCUCCCUCCACAUUGGAUGAUGGCCCAUCUGACCAGCUUAAUGCUCAACCAACAAACAGCAAUGUGCAUGUAGAAACACCAAGUGACUUGACAUUGCUUCAACACAUGGUUGAGCAAAAUGCCACAGAUUCAGAUGAAUAUGAAGUGGAGUGUUUGACGGAAAGAAAAAAACUAAGUGGCAAAAUAUACUACCUAGUAAAAUGGAAGGGUUUUACUGAGCAGACAUGGGAACCAGCAGGCAAUGUCUCAUACCAGCUGCGUAGCAACUUUAGUAAGAAAUAG